GAUUGAAUUAGGACCCGUGCUCCUGGGAUCUGCCUUCACGAUGUAACUCAAGAAAAGAAAGCUAUAAAGGUGAAGGCGUGAAGCUUCCAAAAACAGUAUAAUGUGGAUAGGGUCAGAGAGAGACGGCCCAAUGAUCUCUACUUCGUAGUACAACAAUGGUCCAAUCCAGGUGACGAAUUCCCUGGUAGUUAUCUAGACGGCCGAAGAAUUCCGAGGAAUCUCAGAGAAAUACGGGGAGCAUCGUAGGAAGCGUUGAUUCGGGAGAAUUUUGAAUUGCUCGGCUGAAUUUUUUUUACUUUGAGUUAGGGGUUGCAGUUUACUUGCUCGACGAAAGUCCUCGGAAAUUACGAUAGAUGGUGAGGGUAGAAGACAGCCCUGACCCUGAGGCUGGAACUGGUGCUCCAUUGCUGCAGGAAAUCCAGUCAGGAGAUGAUAAGAGACAGGAUGAUGCGGGUGCAUCGAUUUCAGGGGCAAUAUUCAACAUUUCGACUGGCAUGGUGGGAGCCGGGAUUAUGUCGAUUCCGGCAACAUUCAAGGUGCUUGGGGUGAUCCCUAGCAUUGUGGUUAUCAUGGUUAUUGCUUAUUUGGUGGAAGUCACUGUCGAGUUUCUCUUGAAGUACACACACUCUGUUGAGUCGAAUACAUAUGGGAAAUUGAUGGCAGAGUCGUUCGGGAAGCCUGGAUCUGUUGCUCUUCAAGUCUGUGUCAUGGUCACCAAUCUUGGUGCUUUGAUCAUUUAUUUGAUUAUAAUCGGGGAUGUUCUCUCGGGAAACAAGUCCGAUGGAACAGUGCACUUGGGCAUUCUACAAGAAUGGUUUGGUAUCCAUUGGUGGAAUUCGCGUGCCUGCUCGCUCCUUUUUGUCGUAAUUUUUGUCUUGUUUCCUUUACUUCUUCUAAGGCGUAUAGAUUCACUAAGGCACGCCUCAGCCGUGUCUGUAAUACUAGCCGGCUUUUUUGUGGCCAUCUGCACGGUGAUGGCGGUUCAUGCCACGUGGGCCGGAAAAAUAGAAAGGCCAAGACUGGUUCCAGACUUUGCAAAUGGUGUUUCUGCGCUAGAUCUGUUUACAACCAUACCGAUCUUUGCAACUGCCUUCGGGUGUCAUGUUAACGUUCAUCCAGUUAGAGAAGAGCUCGGGCGACCUUCGGAUAUGAGCUCAGCAGUGCGAAUUUCAUUGGUGUUGUGCGUCGCGAUAUACAUUGGUGUUGGGUUCUUUGGGUACCUUCUCUUUGGGGACUCUAUAAUGGCGGACAUGCUAGUUAAUUUUGACAGAGCAUCGGAUUCUAGUUCUGUUGUCACAACAAUUGUAAACGACGUAAUUAGACUGAGCUAUGCAGUCCACCUGAUGCUGGUGUUUCCGGUAAUGAACUACUCCUUAAGGGUGAAUGUCGAUGAACUGUUUUUCCCAAAGAGAGCGGUGUUGGCGACAGACAGCGUUCGGUUCUAUUGGCUGACGACAGUUAUGGUCGCGUUCAUAUAUUUGGCGGCAGUGGCCAUUCCGAAUAUUUGGUUCUUGUUUCAAUUGAUGGGAACGACGACGGUCAUGUGCAUCAUGUUCAUAUUUCCCAGUCUCGUAGUUCUCAGUCGGGACUUUGAUGCAGAGAUGCUGGGGGAAUAUCGACGAAAUCGGACAAGGUGUUGGCAGCGGUGGUGAUCACUCUGGCUGUUGGGACGAGUUUGAUAGCCAUUUUCUCGAAUCUUUGGGAUAUCUUUGGCAUUGGCAUUGGCAUUAGCAAGACAUGAUAAAUUGGAGGAUGCUAGCUUGUAAUCCAAAGUUGUCGAUACAGAACAAUGCAUGCAAGAAGAUCUUGAAAGGAUGGGUGAUGUCUGCUACUGCUACUGCUACUGAAUCCAAUGCUUUUUAAAGCCCAACAUCGUCAAUCCAUUAAUCCAAGUCUUGAUCAAGCUUGUUAACUCUGUUAGGAAUUUGUUUAUUGUUACCAGAUGCUCCCAAUAUUCUCACCCUAAAUUAUAUUAAAUGUUGGAAAUGGAUUUGUAUGUCACAAUUUUCAUUAUAAAAAAUUUCCAAAUGAA